AUGCAACUCACUCAGAUCUCUGUUGGAAAUUUAACAGAUUUCAAAACAUUUGACUAUCAAUUUGAUUACGUCACAAUAAUUGUUGGAUUAACUACAAUUCCAUGCAUCCCAUCGAUUUAUUGUCUGUCAAAAAUUCUAAUUUUUUAUAAAAAUAAAUAUGUGUCUACAUCUCCUCAAGAAAUUCACCCAUUCAUUUUUAGAUCCUUUAUAUGGAUGCAAAUCUGGAAUUUGGUUUUCAUAUUUUUCGAUUAUGUUCUUGUUCGAAUACCUUCCACAACAAUUUUAACUUAUUUUUGUGCUACGUUGGACCCUGCUGAAAGUAUUGUUCCCUUAUUAGUUGCAGUUUAUUACUUUUCAAAUUAUUCAUCUCAACUUUAUACAGUUUUGUUUUGUUCCACAAGAACUCUCAUUCUGUUCAAUGAGAAAAAUAAGAUAUACCAGUUAUGUAUAUUAUUUCUUGUCUUCUGGGGUCCUGCCACAUAUGUGCUCAGUUCCGUUUCAGCAUUUCCAAAUAUAACAUCGAAAGUUGUUUGCAUGCAGUUAGACUUUCCAUAUCAGAAAGGUGCCAUUACUAUAACCACUGAUAAUGUGUAUGGAAAUACUCACUUGUCUAUCGGAAAUGCAACUUUUUCUAGUUUAAUGAUGUUAUCAAUUGUUUUCACAACUUGUCUGAUGAUUGUAAAGCUACGUAAGCGGAAAUUACUGAAUUCUUCUGAUUGUCGAUAUCAUAAAACGAAAGGAGAAGUCACUUUGACCGUGACUAUUUUUCUAAUCCUGGUACCAUCUCUCUUAACUCAAAUUAUAACGAUGUCGAGUCUUAUGAAUCCGGAAUAUCAUUCCUAUAUCUUGAUUAUGCGGCCAUUUUUUAUAGAUUUCCGGGUCGGCAUUGUAUCCUGCUAUUUUUAUUUGGUCCAUCCAAUAUUCAAAAAAACAGAAACAAUUAAUUCCAUAACCGUCCGAUCAUUAGCAAAUCUGCCAUGACUAAAAUUGAUUCAUAAAAAAUGGAGUAUCGUCUGAUUGGAUUUUAUCUAAAUACAUUAAAAAAUGCAUGCUAAAUACCAAUAAAAUUUUUUCAUUGCUCAAAA